UCCGUAACCUCAGUUUGUGGUGUUUGAAUUCUUCAAUAAGUUUGCACAUAAACACGUGCUACAUUUAAUUUUAACUUAAUAUAAUAUUGUUAUAAACCAUAAUGGAAGCCGAUAAACGUUUUGCACAUGUUGCAAACGACCCGAAAUUUCGGCGCAUUCCAAAAGGGGAACGUAAGGUAAAAAUCGACAAACGUUUCCAGUCUAUGUUCAAAGACAAGAAAUUCAAAGUAAAAUACACUGUGGACAAGCGUGGACGACCUGUAAAUCAUUCGACGACUGAAAAUUUAAAACGGUACUAUGAUAUUGACUCUGAUGAUGAUGAUGAGAAGGAUAAUGAAGACAGCAACCAAGAAGAGUCUGAAGAAGAAUCAGAGGAAGGUACUAAUGAAGACAAGGAACAGGAUGAUGAAGAAGAUGAUGAAGAGGAAGAAGAAGAAGAAAAAGAAGUCCAGCAAGAUGAUAAGAAGCUAAAAAAUAAACUCAAUAAGGAAAAGCAGAAGAAAGUUAAAGAACCAACACUUGAUUCAUCUGAUAAAAAUGUAUCAGAUCAAAUUAAAAAGAAAUUGAAGAAUCUAACAGUAGAUUAUGCUAGAGGUGAAGGCAAUUUGUUGUCUGGUGAGUCUUCAUCAGAUGAUGAAGAGACUGAUGAUGAUGUUCAGGCACUUGAAGAAGAUGAUGGCAUAGAUCACAAGUGGGGAGAAUUAGAUGCAGAUGCUGGAAGCACUGAGGAAGCUACAUACAGACUAGCAGCAUGUAACAUGGAUUGGGACAGAAUAAAAGCAAAUGAUUUAAUGGUUCUAUUCAAUUCAUUCUUACCUCCUGGAGGAAGCAUCUCUUCAAUUAUCAUCUACCCAUCCGAAUUUGGUAAGAAAAGGCUUGCUGAGGAGGAAAUCAAAGGUCCGGCUGAACUGGUUCAAUCUAAUGAAGAUAAUGAGAAUGAAAAUGAAGAAGGAUCCAAAUAUCACAUGGAAAAACUGAGGCAAUAUCAGUUAAACAGGCUUAAAUAUUACUAUGCUGUUGUAACUUGUGAUAGUGCAAAUUCUGCAAAUAAAAUUUACACAGAGUGUGAUGGUAUGGAAUAUGAAAGUAGUGCAACAAAAAUUGACUUGAGAUUUAUUCCUGAUGAUAUGGAGUUUGAUGAUGAACCAAAAGAGGUUUGUGAUAAGUUGCCUGAGAUGUCAAAGUACAAACCUAGGUUUUUCACAACCACAGCACUGCAACAGGCUAAAGUUGAUUUAACUUGGGAUGAAACUAAUCCUGAUCGAGUGGAAAUUGCUGAAAAAUUAGCGAGUGGAAAGAUUGACGACAUUGCAGAUGCAGAUUUGCAGGCAUAUUUGGCUUCAAGUAGUGGAGAAGAGUCGGAAAAUGAAGAAACGAAUGAUAUUAACGAUAAUUCAGACGAUGAAAACAAUGAUGCGCCUGCAAGUAAAAAGAAAAUGAUUGAUAAGUACAAAAUGUUACUACAAGAAAUAGAAGUGAAGGAGAAAGCCAAGGAGAAGAAAGAUAUUGGUAUGGAAAUCAGUUGGGGAGUUGAUCUUCAGAAGAAAACUGAAGAAAUUAUAAAAGAAAAGAAAGCAGCGGCCGAAAAUAAGACACCAUUCGAGCAGUUGAUGGAUAAACGUAAAGAAAAACGCAAAGAAAAGCGAGAGGCAAGGAAAAACGCGCAAAGUGGAGAUAAAGAUGAUGACGAAUCUGAUGUACCUUCAGAUAUUGACAUGAAUGAUCCAUACUUUGCUGAAGAAUUCAAUACUCCUGAGUUCCAACAAAAGAAAAAGAAAACAAAGUCGAAAACGAAAGAAAUCGAUAGUGAUUACGAUUCAGAAUCAGAGUCUGAAACAGCCGAACGCAAAGCACAACUUGAGUUGUUAUUGAAUGAUGAAGAUGAAGGCAAGAAACAUUUCAGUUUAAAGAAGAUCCAAGACAAUGAAAACGAGUCAAAGUCAAAGAAAAAACGCAAGAAUAAAAAACCUACUACGGAUGUAAAUGAAACUAAGGAUGAUUUUCAAGUUAAUACGAACGAUGAACGAUUUUCAGCGCUUUUUACAAGUCAUCAUUAUAAUAUUGACCCCACAGACCCACACUACAAGAAAACAAAGAACAUGGACAUAUUGAUCAGUGAGAAAAUUAAACGAAGAGCUGAAAUUGAAGAUGGUGAUUCCACAAUAACGAAAAAUCCCAAAAAGAAGAAACUUAAUGAUGAUAGUAAGGCGAAAAAGGGUAAUGCUGAAUUAAAUGUACUUGUUAAAAGUGUUAAACGUAAAGCUGAAGCAUUCAAAAAUAAGAAAAAAUGAUUAACAUUCGUUUGAACGCGAGUUUUUGUUGAUGUUUGAUGGGCUAUUGUUAGUCUUCAUAUUUUAUUGUUUAAUAAAUCAACAAAGUACUAGCUCA